GGCGGCGUUAAGACCCAGCAGAUGUACAGUACAGCGAACAUCUGUCGCCGCGGUCUCCUCUCUGUAUCAAUAGCGCCUGGACUCCUGUCUGGACACACUCACGCUCAGAAACAGGCUGGGAUCUGGACCGUAGUGAAGCCAAGGAGAGGGGAUGUGCGCAGAGGAGUCCGGACCAUGAGAGCAGAAAGUGGAGUCAGACGCACUGAGCCGCAGCGAUAAGACACCGCGCAGCAAAAUGAAGACACCUAUGCGCCAUGGGAUAGCUGUGCUUCUCGUUCUCCUCAUGUGUGCCAGCUUGUUCCUCGUGUACAACGGGAAUUUCAGCAGUCCUUCCAGGGACACUAACAACACCCGCAUACAACAACAUGAACAUCUGCAGCAGCCCCCAGAAGCCUCCGUCAGUGCGACGAAACCUCACCUGCCGACCCUCCAGGGAUACAUCGGCAUCAUCGACCAUAAGCCUCUCAGGAUGCACUGCCACACCUGCUCUCUGGUGACCAGCUCGGGUCACCUUAUCGGAGGAGGCCGGGGAAAGGAGAUCGACCGAGCCGAGUGCGUCAUUCGCAUGAACGAUGCCCCCACAGCAGGGGCUUAUGCCCGAGAUGCCGGCCGCCGCACCUCCCUGCGAGUCAUUGCCCACUCCAGCAUGCAGCGGGUGCUGCGCAGUCGCCACGAGCUGCUCAACGCCAGCCAGGAUGCAGUAUUCAUCUUCUGGGGCCCCAGCAACUACAUGAGGCGCGACGGGAAGGGCCUGGUAUACAACAACCUGCGGCUGAUGAACCAGGUGCUGCCCAAGCUCAAAGUCUACAUCAUCUCCUGGCAGAAAAUGCUGCAGUUCGAUGAAUUGUUCAAGAAAGAGACUGGCAAAGACAGGAAGAUAUCCAACUCCUGGCUGAGCACUGGCUGGUUCACAAUGACCAUUGCUCUGGAGCUCUGCGAUCGGAUCAAUGUGUACGGCAUGGUAGCCCCGGACUUCUGCAGGGAGCCUCAGCACCAGUCUAUCCCCUAUCACUACUACGAGCCACGGGGCCCGGACGAGUGUGCAAUGUACAUUUCUCAUGAGCGUGGCAAACGCGGCAGCCACCACCGCUUCAUCACGGAAAAGCGAGUGUUCGCCAACUGGGCAAGGAUGUUUGACAUCCACUUCUAUCAGCCGAACUGGAGCCCCCCGCCUCUCCCAGCCAACCGGACACUGGUGGGAACGGCCCCUGCAGAGCUGCAGGGGCUGUUCCCUCCGUGACUACGUGACUGCUGAUGGGCUGAAGAUGUGCUUUUAGAGAUCCAUCUCAGAAGGACAAAGGACACCUGCACUGAUUGUCGACUAGACCCUUAAAUCCCAUGAUCGGAAAUGAUGCAGAAAAACGGAUAGUACUGCAUGGAUGAGGAGUGCCUUUACUGCAGCCCCAGACAGCGUUUUGUUAAUGGAGGGACAUGAUUCAGCUCAGAGUUGUUUGAAAACCUCCUUGUGUGAAGUUCAACAUGAAGGCAGGAUCCUCAAACACUCUGAAAGCAUGCAUGCAGUGUAUUACUGUGGGCCCUGCUGGUGUUUGUGCAUAUGUGAGUGUGUUCACCAGAGGGAUCACAGAAGACACAGAUUGGAGGUUGGUCUCCCUGUAAAGGCUGGUGGAUGAAAGAUCCAAGCAGAACAGAGACACAUGCUCCUAAGCUAUAGUGCCUUGCAAAAGUUUUCAUACCCCUCAAACCACAAGCCUCAAUUUCUUAAUAUUAUUUGUAGGAAAUUAUCAAGCAGUACCUGAUUGUGAAGUGGUAGGAAAAUUAUACAAGUUUGAUUUUUUUUAAUAAUUAAAAGUGUGGAGUGUGCAUAUGUAUUCAUCCUGUUUCACUCUGAUAACCCUAAAUAAAAUCACGUGCAACAAACA